AUGAAGACCGUCGCGAUCCUCGGAGCAGUUGCGGCUUCUCUUUGCCUAACCCCGGCUGUGGCUCAGGGCAAUGGCGGGUUCCAUAUUCUCCCCGUGCCUUCGAGCACUCCCACCCCAUCCUCCACUCCAUUGCCCACCCCCACCCCUUCGAGCACCCCGGGCACCCCCAGUUCGACUCCUCCCAGUUCGACUCCUCCUAGCUCGACUCCUCCUAGCUCGACGAUCGCAUGGCCCUUCCCGACCGAUGGCUGGCCUUUCCCCGUUGAUGGCUGGCCCUUCCGGGGUCAUCGCGCCCAUGCCCGUCAGGGUCGCGCUUUCAAUGCAUAG